AUGAAGUCUAUGAAGAGUCUCAGCAUGAACAAGAUGCUGGGGAGCAUCAAGAAAAAGGCUGGUGGCAGCUCAAACAUUCCCCCAGCAUCAGCAGCAACCCCAGCUGAGAACCCCGAGGUGACGGCUCACAAUAGCGUCAAAGCAUUUUGUGAGUCGGGCGGAAAUUCCAAGAGCGAUGAAGUCCUCUUUCUUCCUCCCAUCGUCGAUGCUGCAGAGUCGUCUCCAGCUGCCGCUGCUGAAUGCGCCCGUGUUAUUCGCAAAUUCUUGAGCAAGGACUACUCCUCAAGACCAUCAUGGCAGUACAAUGCGAUUAUGCUUGUCCGCAUCCUAACCGACAACCCCGGUGAGACGUUCACGAGGAAUUUGGACGACAAAUUUGUCGACACCAUUCGAGCCCUGCUUAAGUCUGUCAAGGAUCUUAGCGUGUGGCAAAUAUUGAUGGAAACAUUGGAUGACUUUGAAUUCACCAAAAUGCAUGACCAAAACCUGGCCCCCUUGGUUCUCAUGUGGAAGAAAGAGAAAGAGGCCGCGAUGAAGAAACAUGGAAAUCGACGACCGCCUGUUCCACCCCGACCAUCUAUGCUGGGCUCCCAGCAACUGAACCGGCACUCCCAGAAUUACUUCGCCAAGGCCCAUCAUAACAAUCGCCUCCCUGAUCCCGUUGAACUUACGUCAAGGCUUGAGGAGGCGCGGACUUCGGCCAAGCUUCUGGAGCAGGUCGUGAUGAAUACGCCCCCCAGCGAGAUGCUGCAAAACGAGCUGAUUAAAGAGUUUGCCGAUCGCUGUUUGAGCGCAUCCAGAAGCUUGCAAGGCUACAUGGUUUCCGAAAACCCGGCACCGGACAACGAAACAAUGGAGAGUCUCAUCGAUACCAACGAGCAGUUACAAACCGCCCUCAACCAGCACAAGCGCGCUGUUUUGAAUGCCAGGAAACAGCUUGGUCUCGGCACCCAUUCCAACGAGGACUCUCCUGCCAUCCAGUCAGAAAACUCAGACAAUGAUGGCCAAGCACGCAACAGCAGUGGUGAUGCUGGGCAGAUGUCUGGUGGCGUAACAAUGGAUGCGAUGAGCACGGGAAAAGGGAAGGGAACACACUCAUACCACCUGACUCCUAGGAACGGAGAGGCAGCUGCAUCUAGCUCACGCCAAUCGCUCAAGGACGAGCCGAUCCAAGAUCCUUUCGCUGAUCCACACCCUGCGGAAGCAGGGGCUGCAAGUGGCGCUGGCACAUCGUCACAUUUCCUUGACACUUGGCAUCCAGGUUUUGGAGGACCACUGUCCAGCAAUAGUGUCGACCUGAAUGGUGCCGGUGGUUCCAAAUCCCAGCAGAGCGGAGUGGCCAAAGCGCAAGAUAGGAAGCACGACGACGUUUCCGACGACGACGACAUCUAUGAAGCGACUCCAAAGGGUAAAGGGCCUCUGAGCAAGGACUGA